CCGGAACUGUCACUGUCAUCCCAUGGCAACAACAAUUCAAACUCAAAACAAAGUUAUACACAAUGAAAAAUAAACAUAUUUCUGAAUUAAACUCCUUGGAAUAAAAUGAGAAGCUAACAGGAUUCCAUCAAAAUGUUCAUCUACCUGAGUAAAAAGAUCGCUAUACCCAACAAUACGAGAAUCAACGCGAUCGCUUGGAACAAACUAGACGGGUAUAUCGCGGUAGGAGGAGAAAACGGAUUACUUAAAGUGCUCAAGCUAGAAUCCCCGAACGAUAACGACGGGGGCACGAAAAAUCGGGGGCUCGCCGUGACCAGCAACCUGUCGAUGAAUCAAACUUUGGAGGGACACUCUGAAAACAUACAAGUACUGAUUUGGAACGAGCUGCACAAAAAAUUAACGACUAGCGACGAGAAUGGGGUGAUAAUCGUCUGGAUGCUAUAUAAAGGGUCCUGGUACGAGGAAAUGAUCAAUAACCGGAAGAAAUCCACAGUGGUCGGGAUGGCUUGGAGCUCGGAUGGCCAGAAAAUAUGUAUAAUAUACGAGGAUGGUGCAGUGAUCGUUGGAUGCGUCGGAGGAAAUAGGAUAUGGGGCAAGGAACUGAAACAAGUUUCCCUGUCUGGAGUGCAAUGGUCUCCAGACGGAAAGCUGCUGCUGUUUGCCCUAAAAAACGGUCAGGUUCACUUGUACGACAACCAGGGCAACUUCGUGAUGCGCAUCGCCAUCCUUUGCCACGACUCCAAUUUCGAUUCGAUCCCGAUCGUGGGGCUGGACUGGUACAACGGUACGAAUGGGAACACACAAGCCGAUUUGCCUAAUCUAGCCAUUGCCUUCGAGAAUGGCAAGGCUCAGCUGAUGCGCAACGAGAGCGACACCAAUCCUGUUGUAUUAAACACCAGAAUGUUUGCGGUUCACUGUUCCUGGAACCACAACGGGUCCUUGAUGGCCAUUUGCGGGAAGCAAUUUGUGGAGGAAAAGGAGGUUAAUUUAGUGCAGUUCUAUAACGCAGCGGGGCAGCACCUGCGUACCUUGAAAGUACCAGGAAAUUCGAUAAGUUGCUGCGUCUGGGAGGGGGGUUCUCUGAGGGUGGCCCUCGCCGUAGAUUCUUUUGUGUACUUUGCCAACAUAAGGCCGGACUACAAGUGGUGUUACUUCAAGAAAACUGUUGUGUUUGCAUCCGGCAGGCAGCACAAGCCUGGGAUUUGUCUCUCGUUCUGGGAUACUGCAAGCAACCAGUGUCACACUCUGUGGGUUGCCGAGUUGCUAGCUUUGGCGGCGUACGGGGAUUUUUGCGUAGCCGCAGUCAGGUCUGAGGCUAACGACACUCUAGGGAAGUACGUGCUGAUGCUUUACAACACUUUGGGUACUCCUGUGGACGGGAAGUACGUGAAUAUUGAACCGAUUGGUGUUACUAUGAAUUCCCAUCAAGUAUUUGUUGCGUCAAAGAACAACUUUAUCGUAUGGCACUACAAGACUCCAAAAUCUAUAACUACAGGCAGCGCCAGAUGGAGGAUGUUCCAUAUCGACGACAACCCCACCGGGGCUGUAGAAAUCAUUCAGGAAUUUGACAGUGGUUCCACGUUUCCAGUUGUAACUCACGAUACUGUAGACCCGGUUUCCUGCCUAGUCUCUAGCGACAAGUGCCUCGUCGUGGGUAGAGACUCGGGCCUCAUUCAGUACUAUGCUCUGCCCCACGUGGUGCUCUCAAACAGGUACAAGAUCGCCACGAGGCCCCACAAGAUGGCAGUCAACUGCAAUUCAACAAGGUUGUCCAUUAUCGAUGUUUCUGGAGUGAUGACUGUGCUGGACAUUUCGGAGGGCGUGGGGCGCCCUACCACCGCAGCCGAAGGGGCUAGGCUAGAACGCAAGGAUGUGUGGUGUAUGCGCUGGGCCUCGGACAAUCCCCAGCUGUUGGCCAUCAUGGAGAAGACGAGGAUGUACAUAUUCAAAGGGGUGUACCCCGAGGAACCAGUUGCUUGUUCCGGGUACAUCUGCAGCUUCAACGACUUGGAGAUCAGGGCGGUGCUGCUUGAUGAGGUGAUGGCUUCACCAGAGAAGCCCAGCAAGGACCAUCUGAUCAACUUGGAGGUUAAGGCCUUGCGGGAUACGAGGCAAUUGCUGGAGAAAGUGGGGAUCAGUGAAGCUUGUCAAUUUGUCGAAGACAACAGACACCCCAGGUUGUGGCGGUUGGUGGCAGAGGCAGCUCUGAAGGAGAUGAAUCUUGCAGUGGCGGACGCGUGUUUCGUCAGAUCGAAGGAUUAUGCCAAGGUGCUCUUUGUAAAGAAGCUGGGGGAUAUCAGCAGCGAAGCUAUUCGUCGAGCCAGGGUUGCUACGUACUUUAAAAACUUUGACGAGGCCGAGAAGAUUUACAUGGAGGCGGAUAGGGCUGAUUUAGCUCUGAACUUACGCCAAACACUCGGAGAUUGGUUUAGGGUAAUACAGAUCCUGAAGAAUGGCGUUACGGCUCCGGAUCACCUUUUGAAAACCGCCUACAACUCCACUGCGGAUUAUUUUGCCCAUUUCAACAACUGGGCUUCUGCCGUGGAGUAUUAUGAGCUUGGCAAGAACACCCCCAAGGUCGUGGAGUGCUACCACCGCUUGGAGGACUGGAAGAGUCUGGAAUCCAUUAUAGACACUCUUCCGGAAGGUGACCCCCUCUUGGAGACUAUAGGGGACAUGUUUGCUGCCAGCGCAGUGCACAACGAAGCUGUCAAGGCUUACGUCAAACUCGGAAAAAUCAAAUCCGCUAUAAACCUGUGCAUCCUACACAAUCGCUGGGACGUAGCCAUCGACCUGGCGAAAAAGUACAACAUUUCGAAAAUCUCUGACCUCCUCACAAAGUACACCUCUCACCUAGUAGACCAAGAUCAGAUCAUGAACGCUAUCCAAAUGAACAUCCAAGCCAAGUACUAUCUGAAUGCCGCGGAACACGCUUUCAAACUGGCUGACCAAGAAGCUCGUAAGCCUGGCAAGAGCUUGUUGCGAGUGAAAAAGCACUACGUGUACGGCGCCAAAUUGGUCGAGUUACAUAAGUCCUCAGAUUCCAACGACUGGCAAGACUCUAGCUACCUUAUAGAAAAUGCCUGGAAAGGGGCCGAAGCAUACCACUACUACAUGCUGGCGCAGAGACAUCUACACUCGGGCAAGCUUCACGAUGCUCUGUGUGUGGCUUAUAAGUUGCAGGAUUAUGGUGAUUACAUCCCGGAAGGGGAUAUCUACGCUCUGCUAACAUUGGCUGCUUGCCUGGACAAAUCUUUCGGGAUAUGCUCGAAGGCUUUGAUGAAGCUCAAGAGCUUGGAAAAUCUAUCUGUGCAAGAAAGAAACCAGUAUGAAAAGCUGGCUUGGGAUGUGUUCAGGAAGAACGAGCCGGUGAACACAAAGACUAAGAUGGUCACGUGUGACAAUUGCAGCAAUUCCAUUCAAGAUUGGAACGUGGUUUGUCCACACUGUAAGAUUCAUUUCCCGACUUGCGUGGCGUCGGGCCAGUCGAUUUUGGGGGGCGAAGCCAUUUGGUUUUGCAAGAGCUGUCGCCAUCCUGCUUACGAGAAGAAGAUGUCGUUUCAGAAUGCGUGUCCAUUGUGUCACGCUAAAAAUGAUAAGCAAUAGAUACUAGUUGUGAAAUUACUAUCUACUAAUCUACUCCGUCCACUUAGAUAUUGUUUAUUGACUUAGUCCGUCCAUUUAGAUUUAGUUCCUAUGUUUAUAACAUUCACUUUGAAUUGUUUACUUCAUAACCAUAUAUUUGUAUGUUGAAAAACGAAUUGUUCAAUAUUGAUAUAAACUUUUUAAGUAUG